AUGUACAAUUUUACCAAAAAUCAGUGCGAUGGCGCAAAUGAAACUGGAAGCAGUACAGCAAUGGAGCUUGAGGAGGCAAAACUUUGCUUUCAUUUCUUGAAAGAUAAAGGAUUGUCAGUUGACACUUUUGUUUCUGACCGGCACAAGGGGAUUGCCAAAUGGAUCAGACAGACCCAACCAAGGACUAUUCACUUCUUUGACAUUUGGCAUGUCACAAGAUCUAUACACAAAAAGCUGUUUAAAGCAAGCAAGAAAAAGGGUUUAGAGAAAAUAACAUACUGGUUAAAAGGUGUGAGAAACCACUUGUACUGGUGUGUUACAUCAACUGUACAGGGAUUUAAAGAGCUUAUAUUGGCAAAAUGGAAGUCGUUCAUGUUCCAUGUUGCAGACAAACGCAAACAUCAUCCAAAUUCCUUAUUUACCACAUGUGCCCAUGAAGAUAUUAGCCCUCGGAAAUGGAUUAAAAUAGGCACAAAAGAGCAUGAAAAGAUGUCUACCAUACUCUUGAACAAAAGAAUUUUGAAUGAUAUACAAAACCUAUCACCUGACACACAAACAAGUUGCUUAGAAGGGUUUCAUGCCACCCUAAACUUCUGGCAUCCAAAAAUGUUAUGCUUUUCCUGGAUGGGAACAUUUUGCAGGUAA